UAAUAUAUUUUAAUAUCUAUUCAAUUACAUUUUUUCAUCUUAUAGGUUAUAUUAAUGUUGUUUAAUAAAAAUAAUAUAAAAUAUAUAAAAAUUUAUAAAAUAAUAUGUGAAAGAACAUAAAAACUAUAUCUCAAGAUAUAAUUAUGUUUAUUCAUUUGUUGAUGAUAAAUAUAAAUAAAAAAGUUGUACAGAGUACAUUAAAUACAAAAAUAAAUUUAAGUACAAAAGUCAAAACAUAUUAUGAUGUUUUGGGAGUACCUCCAACUGCUACAUAUAAGGAAAUAAAAUCAGCAUAUUAUAAAUUAACAUUAAAGUAUCAUCCUGAUAAGAAUAAAAAUGAAUAUGCAAAAAAAAUGUUUCAUGAAAUUUCAAAUGCAUACGAUGUACUUAGCAAAUAUAAUACACGUAAGAAAUAUGAUAGAACUUUAAUCAAAUAUGAUCAUUUGCAUCAUAAACACAAGAAAAUGAAAACAUACAAUGUUAAUGAAACAAAAAAUAGUUAUCAUUAUACAGGUAAUACUUCAGGGAGAAUUUAUGAUUUUGAUGAAUGGGUAAAACAACAUUAUUCAGAUUUAUUUCAAAAAAAUUUACAUAUAAAAGAUACAGAAAAAAGAUAUAAAGAAAAUAUUAAAGAAAAUGUAAAUAAAUCGCUAAAUCUUUCUUCUUCAAUAAUCUUAAUAAUAAUAAUAACAAUAUUAUUAUAUUUGAAAAUAUCAAUAGAAAAAAAUGAUUAUAAAAAGAAAUAGGAAAAAAAAUAGAAU